AUGACUGGAGUCUUUGACAGCCUUGUUUCAGAUAUGCAUUCAAACCAGAUUACCUCCAGCAGUUACCAGCAGCAGCAGCAGCAGCAGCAGCAGCACCACAGCUUGCAUAAGCCCCAGGAAUCCCCCACUCUGCCUGUGUCCACGGCCACGGACAGCAGCUACUACACCAACCAGCAACAGCACGGCGGCAGUGGAGGCGGGGGAGGCAGCGCAGGUAGCAGCGGAAGCGGCGGGUCGCCCUACGCUCAGAUGGGCUCUUACCAGUAUCACCCGAGUGGCAUUGGCGCAGUGCCCUACUCCACCAAAGCUGGGAGUUACGAUCUGGGAUACUCCGCCUCUUAUAGCUCCUAUGCAACCUACGGGACAAGGACGCCCCCAAUCAACAAUGACCCCGAAAAAGAAGAGGGCGAGCCUGAGAUCCGGAUAGUUAACGGGAAGCCAAAGAAAGUGCGAAAGCCGAGAACCAUCUAUUCCAGUUUUCAGUUGGCAGCCUUACAGAGACGCUUCCAGAAGACCCAGUAUCUGGCACUGCCCGAGAGAGCUGAGCUGGCAGCUUCGCUAGGCCUCACCCAAACUCAGGUGAAGAUCUGGUUCCAGAACCGCAGAUCCAAGUUCAAGAAGAUGUGGAAAAGUGGUGAAAUCCCAGGAGACCAGCAGCGUGGUGGUAGCUCCUCUCCGACAUGCGCCUCGCCUCCUGCUUCAGCCACCCUCACCUGGGACUUUGCUCCCCACCCGCAGCGAAUGAGUAACGGUGGUGCCACCGGCAGCGGGAGCAGUGCCGGCUCAAGCCCUGGGACUCCGAGCGGAGCGGCUGCUUUCCUGGGUAACUACUCAUGGUAUCACCAGGCAUCCAGUGCCGCUGCAGCUUCCCAUCUGCCAGGAGCCUCCCCAAUCCUGCAACAAGGGCAGUCUCACCAGCAUCACCCCCAUCUUCAUCACCCCCAUCACCAUAGCGCAGCUGUCAGCGCAGGGACCAUUUUCUAAUCCCAUCGCGUAGGCCCGUGCACUCAGUUCUGCUCUCCAAGGGAUCCUCCCGGGUGGAGAAGGAAGGCUUUUCUGUUCCAGUGGGCAGAGAGGUGUUCCCCUGGUGCUUUGGGAAGUAGUCCAUAAUUCCUUCCCCACCCCAAAGUAUCUCAGCAGCAGCGCCCGACUUGGUGGUGCCAAACGGGACGAGCACCUUGAAACUUCAGCAAUAAUCCCUGAAGUUUCAGACUGAAUGAGAAUCUAGCUCUCCUCCCCCCAAACCUCCGCUCAGAACACCACUCACCCAAUCCAAUCCGUGACUCCAAAGUCGCUGACAACGUUCUUAUUGACAAGCAUGAAAUCCGGGCAAAGCUGUGGUCACACCCUUGGUCAAAAGCCCUCAGUGAUUGUUUUUCUCCUUCAGGGUUCUCUGUCCACCCACUCCAUCACCUCAA